AUGCCUGCUGUUGUGUCCCACGUAGGGCAUGGGGGGGUGAACCAGCUCGGCGGGGUGUUCGUGAACGGCAGACCCCUCCCGGACGUGGUGAGGCAGCGCAUCGUGGAGCUGGCCCACCAGGGGGUCCGACCGUGCGACAUCUCCCGGCAGCUGCGCGUCAGCCACGGCUGCGUCAGCAAGAUCCUGGGCAGAUACUACGAGACGGGUAGCAUCAAACCGGGCGUGAUCGGCGGCUCCAAACCCAAAGUGGCCACGCCGAAGGUGGUGGACAAAAUAGCGGACUACAAGAGGCAAAACCCCACCAUGUUCGCGUGGGAGAUCCGCGACAGGCUGCUGGCUGAAGGCAUCUGCGACAACGACACGGUGCCCAGCGUCUCGUCCAUUAACAGGAUUAUCCGAACAAAAGUGCAGCAGCCAUUCCAUCCGUCGCCCGAUGGGACAUCCCUGUCGACAACAGGCCAUACCAUAGUGCCAAACACAGUGUCUCCGCCGGUAACCAGCGCCUCCAACGACCCUGCGGGAUCCUACUCCAUUAACGGCAUUCUGGGCAUCCCGCGAUCCAACGGCGAGAAGAGGAAAAGAGACGAAGAUGGUUCAGAUGGUUCUGGCCCAAACAGUGAUUCUCAGGGUAGUGUGGAGAGUUUACGCAAGCACCUGAGGGCCGACGCCUUCACGCAGCAGCAGCUGGAAGCGCUGGACCGGGUCUUUGAACGCCCCUCCUACCCGGACGUCUUCCCCACGUCGGAGCACAUCAAACCGGAACAGGCUAAUGAGUACUCGCUGCCCGGCCUCAAUUCCAGCCUGGACGAAGUCAAGCCCAGUUUGUCGUCCAACGCCAACCCGGACCUGGGCCCCAGCGUGUCGCAAAGCUACCCAGUAGGUCGCGACAUGGCCAACACGACCUUGCCCGGGUACCCCCCUCACGUUCCCCCGACAGGCCAGGGCAGCUACCCGACCUCCACACUCGCUGGAAUGGUUCCUGGAAGUGAGUUUUCGGGGAAUCCCUACAGUCAUCCGCAGUACACCACCUACAACGAAGCGUGGCGAUUCAGCAACCCGGCGUUACUAAUGCCGCGUCGAGAGGCUCCGUCCCUCCCACUGCUGCCACUGCCUAUGACCGUCACUAGUUACCAUGGAAACCAAAUCAACCUGCAGGACCGCGGCCUCGCCAGGCUCCACAUUGCCCCGGUUUGAGCACACAAUGACACCUUUUUUUUUUUUUUUUUUUUCUUCAAUUCCGGUCCCUUUUUGGACCCUUCCACGUAAAGAUAAACACAAUUUGCCCCAGGAAACAAGAGGAGGGAUGCAGAAAAAAAAAAAAAAAAGGACUGAAAUGACUGCUGUACAUUCCUCUCAGCAGGGACUUUUCCUCCCCCUUCUCGGCCUUUUCAUCCAUCAUCCAGCGAGCAUGGUGGAUGCCACCGGAAGAUUAGGACUCUGUGAUACACAAUCAAAGAUGUAAAAAAAAAAAAAAAAAAAAAAAAAAAAAGAAGAAGAAGAAAACUAUUACAGUAUGUCGCCAUGGACGCAAGUGGAUAUUUUUUAUUUCCUUUUUAAAAAAAAAAAAAAAAAAAAAAAAAUCAUUCUUGAAGACUGAAGGAUGCGAGAAGUCAUCAGGCAACAUUUUGUGUCUUUUUGUUGUUGAUUUUUGCACUAUUUUUUGGAGGUUUGCAACACUGGAGCAUUCUUAUAUGCAGGAAAAGAUUAUGCAUUUUUUUUUUUUUUUUUUUUUUUUUUUUUUUGCUUAACUGUAAGUUUCGGCACUUACACACGUGCACUACUGCUGGAUGUUUAUUCAUUUAAGUCGAUUAAGUCUUUGGCAGGAGAGGAUCUAACAGCCAUCGGAACACCAUUCUACACUGGCGCCAUAAAAAAAUACAAAUAAAUACAAAUCUGGAAAAAAAAAAAAAAAAAAA